UGUGGGAGUUGUCAACGGCGCGCAAAGCAGGCGGAAUGCGUCUACAGCCAGAAACUGGAUAACCCGACCACGACGCUAGAGGGGGAGGAAGAGGCAGAGGAGGAGAGACUGUUAUCGCCGCUACUGCGAAAUCCGCCUGAAGACGGUGUUGAGGUUUCAGACCGAUCGAGAGUCGUUCUCAACAACUUUCAUCCCACGAUAUUCUCUACUGAGCCCAGGUCACCCAAAGUCCCGGGCUCAGUCCAUACAUGUGGCUCGGGAGGCCCAAUUCUUCCUGCCCCUACAUCGGCCCCUGUCCCUGGUAGUAGUAGCUCAACCGGUAAGGGUAGAGUAGCGACGCACUCAUUGAGGUUCUUGGAUAGCCCUCCUUUCACCGAACCCGAUGGGACGGAUUCGAUGAAUGGGGUGACGGGAGACCCAACGCGCACGCCGGAAGUCUUUGGGAGUAGUAGUGCAGGUUCCUUUAUGCGGCAAAUCCAGUCGGCGAUCAAUGCUCGUUUAGGAGUUUCGUAUGCAAAUCUGGCCGCGAAAAAGGGAGCAGCAUCACAACAGUCCCGCGGCCAUCAGGGCUCUCCACCUUCUUCGUCGAGCUACGAAGAGCCAGCCUUAUUCCUGCUCCCUCCACGGGGUCUUGCCGACGCCUUAUGCGAGCCUAUUGGGAUAACAACUGGUCCCUCUACCCCGUUAUCGACCGGGGAGCGGAAAGCUACCAGUGAGAACUUUUUCACUCGAGCGGAAUUAUUAUAUAAGAAGACGGGGGAGGCCCUCUCGUACGAGCGAGUCCAGUGUCUGUUACUGUUCGGGAUAUACCUCCAGAGCACGCCGUCCGUCUCUAAAUGCUGGAUGACUGUAGGCCAGGCGAUUCGUAUGGCGCAAAGUCUUGGGAUCCAUUUGACCCACCAUGAUCAUUCUCGAGAAACAGCGAGUCAAAGGGAGUAUCAACGUCGCACCUGGCACGGGUGUGUCUGGCUAGAUCGAGUUCUCUCAUCCACCCUCGGCCGCCCUGGUAUGAUCCCCAAGUGGCUAUUCAACUCGAUCUCACUACCAUCUAUGAUCGAUGAUGAGUUCUUCGAAACCCAAACGAUAGGCUCGCCUUGCCGACCCGAUGGACGACCGUGUAAGGUGGCAUUUUUCGUGAAGGCCCUGCAGCUAUAUCAGAUUCUGGACGAGAUUCUUGUUGACCUCUACCUCAACAACGCCAAGGAUGAAGGUAUUGAGAGCAAACUUAUGCGUAUUCUCCAAAUCGACGGGAAACUACAAGCCUGGAAUAAGUCCCUUCCCGAGUACCUCCACCCACGACAUGCUGCCGAAGAUGAUGAGAUACUAAAACGACAAGCCAUAGUCUUGAGAGUUCGGUAG